UCUCCUGCUUUCCAUCUUUACCUAACAGGGACCUUGGAUAUUUCUUUGGCAAGGUGGAUAACAAUCAGAUGGAAAUUGCCAGCUAGUAUCUGUAAAACAGUACUUGCAGCAUGACACUAGAAUGAGCUAAAUCUGAAGUUCUUAACGAGUCCUGGACUGUAUUUGUGUGCUGUUGCUGUUUGUUAAAUUAUGGAGAUGUAGUUCUCUUCUUACUUUGGAGAACCACUCUUUAGACAGAGGAAGGAAGAAACCAAAUUAGCAUCAUGAGCAGCUUUGUCCCUCCAGAUGUUAAAAAUUUUGUUGCCUGGGACUAUGUUGUCUUUGCAGCCCUCUUUCUCAUUUCUUCUGGGAUAGGAGUCUUUUUUGCAAUUAAAGACAGGAAAAAAACAACUUCCGGAGACUUCUUAGUUGGAGGCAGACAGAUGACUUGUGGACCAGUUGCCCUGUCCCUCACUGCAAGCUUCAUGUCUGCAGUAACUGUGCUGGGAACUCCAGCCGAAGUGUACCGCCAUGGCGCAUCCUUUAUCCUCUUCUCCAUAGCAUAUACAUUUGUCAUCAUUUUUACUGCAGAACUAUUCCUCCCUGUGUUCUACAGAUCUGGGAUCACAAGCACUUACGAGUAUUUGGAGUUAAGGUUUAACAAGCCUGUUCGAAUAGCCGCAACGUUGAUUUACAUAGUGCAGACGAUUCUUUACACUGGAGUGGUAGUCUAUGCUCCUGCUUUGGCUCUCAAUCAAGUGACUGGAUUUGAUCUAUGGGGCUCAGUAUUUGCAACAGGAAUUGUCUGUACGUUUUACUGCACAUUGGGAGGAUUAAAAGCUGUUGUCUGGACAGAUGCCUUUCAACUGAUUGUUAUGCUGAUUGGAUUCUUGACAGUUUUAAUUCAAGGAACUCUUAACAAUGGCGGCCUUACGAACAUUUGGGAAAAUGCCAAUAAUGGAUCACGCCUCGCUGUAUUUGACUUUGAUGUGGAUCCCCUGAGGAGACACACAUUUUGGACAAUUGCCAUUGGAGGGACAUUUACCUGGCUAGGAAUCUACGGAGUGAAUCAGUCCACCAUACAAAGGUGCAUUUCUUGCAGAACAGAAACACAGGCCAAACUUGCACUGUAUCUGAAUUUGGUUGGACUCUGGGUUAUCCUGGUAUGUGCCGUUCUUUGUGGCUUGGUGAUAUAUUCCCAUUUUAGAAGUUGUGAUCCUUGGACUGCUGGUUUCAUUUCAGCACCUGACCAGCUAAUGCCCUACUUUGUUAUGAUCAUCUUUGCGUCUGCCCAUGGACUUCCAGGACUAUUUGUGGCUUGUGCCUUCAGUGGAACACUCAGUACUGUGGCUGCAAGUAUAAAUGCUCUGGCAACUGUAACAUCAGAAGAUUUUGUCAAGAACUGCUUCCCAAAUCUCUCCGAACGUAUAAGCACUUGGAUCAGCAAAGGCUUGUGCAUAGUUUUUGGAGUGGUAUGUACUUCAAUGGCUGUAGCAGCAUCGCUCAUGGGUGCUGUGGUGCAGGCCUCGCUUAGCAUUCAUGGAAUGUGUGGGGGACCUCUGCUGGGAUUAUUUACACUAGGAAUUGUUUUUCCUUGUACCAAUUGGAAGGGUGCCGUUGGCGGUCUUCUUACUGGAAUCACCUUGGCGUUUUGGGUUGGUAUUGGAGCUUUUGUGUAUCCUGCCCCAUCUUCAAAGUCCCAUCCAUUGCACCUCUCAACAGCUGGGUGUAUUUCCAAUAACACAGAGGUGGUGGCUACUGUGGUUCCUACUCUUCCUCCUGCCAGACCUUACCUGGCAGAUACUUGGUAUUCUUUAUCAUACCUUUAUUACAGUGCUGUUGGAUGUCUUGGAUGCAUCAUUGCAGGGCUUCUGAUCAGUUUCGUAACAGGUCCAAAUAAAGGAGAAGACACUGAAGCAAAGUUAAUUCGCCCAGUCUGCAACAUAUUUUGCUUCUGGUCUCAUAAAUGUAAAUCCUUUUGCUGGUGUGGAGUGGAUCAAGAUAACAGUAAAGCACUUCAAGAGGCAUUGAAAAGUGAUCAGCUGAAAGACCUUCAGAAAAAGGCAGUUGCAAACGAUGACCUCAAGAAUGGAUGGAAUAAAGCCGUUCAGAGCCAUGUUCCUGGUUAUAACCCACACGACAAAUCCUACAGUAAUCCAAACAUGGAAACAGAAUCUUAUUUUUAGCCUAUCCAGAAGAAACAGUGUUCUGUUAGCCACAGGAAUGACAUAGCUUUACUCUAACAACGAGAAAAAUAAUAAACUGCUGGCAGUCGUAUUAGUAAAGGAAGAUUUUUUUAUGUAUAACAUAAGAGAAUGCUAUUUUUAUUUAGGGAGCUCAUUUCUCUACAGGGAAAGAAUUCAAAGACCAGAAAUCAGAAGAAACUAGUUACACAAAAUAUAGGUAUCCCUUGCAAUUAACCUUUUUGCAAUAAACCUGUUUCAAAGUUACAUCUCAGAAGCAAUGUUAACAAACGGGACAUCAUUUUUUCUGUAGAAAUAAUGGCUGUUUUCUUGUUAAUUUUUCCAGUUACUUUUAGAAUGCAUUUUCUUAAAUUUUAGAGGCAUUUUGACAUGGCAUUUUGAAAUGCUGUUUUUAUGCCAACAUAAUGCAAUCGGUGUAGAUCUUAGCAGAAAAUUAAGAAGUCGGAGUAGACACCACAGCAAGUUCCUACUCUGACUUGUCAACUUGCACCAUUUUGCCACUGAGUUUUACGUCAAUGAUGUUACACUGGCAGAUCUGACUAAGAGGAUUUUGGCUGAAGUUUUGAGAUUUUAUGCUAUUCUACUAUCCAUCCAAUGAUUCCCCUGCGCAGAACAAUAUCAAAACAGUACAACAGAUUAUUUUAUUUUUUAACAGUGUUAUGAGCAAUUACAAUAAAGUCCAGAGAUUACUGAUGUGGUAUGCCUUGAGAUAAAACUUGCUAUGAAAGUGUUCUCCUUAGAGCAAGUUCUGCUCAUUUUCCUGUGUUUCCCCUUCAGCAGGGAUGUGCGUGUAUGGAUUUUGUAGUGAUGGGAAUGGUAGAUGUCCUCUUCCAUGGAGCACAAGGCCCACUGGCUUAGAAUAAGAAUCACCACUUGAAGGUUCUCUACUUGUCACUAAUGGGACGGAAUCUGGCCCAAGAUGGAGAAGCUAACCGAUCCAAAAAGUAGUUAGGCAAGCACACAGCACACUUUUCUUCUUCUUUUAUUAACAGCCUAAUGAUUGAACUUCCUGCCCCAGGAAGAGGGGUGGUGUCUGCUCUUUGCUGAGAGUCUGAAAGGCAGUUUAUACAUGUUGACUUUUAGAAUUCCUAUGCAUUGUUUUAAAAGGGUAUUCGGUUCCCAAUGCAUUUUUAUAUUUUGUUUUACAUCGCUUUGGGGGCUGUAGAAAAGUGAUUCAAAACGAUCUAAUUUAGGGGUAGAAAAGUUUAUUAUUGCAAAUGCAAUCUUCAGGUGUGAGUGGCACAGUAAAUAAUUUGCAGUUGUACAUGUAAAAUGUGAUAAAGAGCAUCUUAAAAAAGAAUAGCUACAAUCUCUUUUUGAAGUUGGUCAAACAUUUUCCAUGGGAAAAAAAAAUCUUCACUGGUACUUUUCAUUACUUUUCUGUAAUAUUAAAAAUUAAGGAUAACCAUUUGGUCAGAGACAGGGUCAUAGUAAAACUAAAAAAUGGAAACCAUGAAGUACACCAGAAAUGAUGUAUUUAACAUUUUCUACCUGGUCUUAUCAGUUAUACUGAAACAUUCCCCGCUCCACCCACCUGUCAACUUUUCCACCAUUUUUUCUUAUAAAACUUCAACUUGUAACUAGAAAAAAAAUUAGAAGUUAUUCCUUAAACUUUGCUUCUUUAAACCUUUACUAUUGAAAAACUACAUGAUAUAUGCCCAUAAUACAUGUUUUAAAAUGUCCUUUUACCAUGAUAAUCAAAUCAACAAGGGCAGUUUGCAGCAUUUAAAUGCUCCUCAGUAAUAUUAUUAUGAAAUAUUGCUCUAAUGUACUGUAUUAUUAUUGCAAAUUAACAUACUGUACAUUGCUUUUCAGAUUCAGGUUAUAUAAUCUUGUGGGAAAUGUGGAGUGGCUGCUCUUUAGCUGCCUGGUAACUUGUUCUCUCUUGCUGUUGAGAGAGCUCCUCUGACCUCCAUUUUGGACUGGAUUUUUCCCUUCCUGGCCUGCUACUAUUAUAGCUACUGCUGUUCCACUAUUGCAGAUUACACCUUUUAAAAAUCUUGCUGGUGUUCCUCCACUUUUGAAUUACUUUCUUGAUUACUUUGAUGCCCCUCUCUGUUUUUUUGUUUUGUUUUGUUUUUGUCUUUUAUUUUAUUGAUUUUUGAAGGGAACCCCUCCUCCCAUUUCCUUUAUUGUAGCUUGGCGGGCCUGGCUACCUGCCCUUCACUUGGUGCAACACAGCCUGUGCUACUGGACUGAAUCCAUCAACGUGGUGGGGGGUGAGAGCUGGUUCCCUAAUCCCCCCUAUUUAUGGAUCUUGAGUCGGAAAUAGUAUUUACAUUACCUUUACUGAGAGUUCCUCUCUCUCUCUGUUUCACUUUGAUUGUGAUCAUGGUUAUGAUUUCUUUUUUUCAUCUGUACUGUUUCCUGCUGAUAAACUGAUGGGGAUAAUGAUGGUGAUGUGAUGAUACAUAUGCUUUAAUGUACUGUUAGUGUCUGCAUGGGCCUAUGGAUGAUUGAUUAUUUCUCAUGAACUGCUAUUGUUGCCUUCUUUAGGAGUAGAUGAUUAUCUGUUACCUGGCUUCGGGGGGGGGGGGGUUGUGGGUUUUUGGGAAUGUUUUUGAGGGUUCUGUAGUUCUUCAUUUGCUCUAGUACUCGAAACCCAAAAGGAAACAACAGAAUGAAAGAACCUGAAAGAUUCUGGCCCUUGCAGGUUUAUCAAAAGGACCUGUAUGCAUACACUUGAAAGAACCUGAAACAAAAGCAACACAAUGUUUCUCCCUCACAAAUCCUUACAUCCUGACUUAAAAGUAAAUCUUACUGAAACAGAACAUGUUUCUUACUUGUUGUGUUUUAGGCCAUGUAUGUGGUUGCUGACAUAUUUUUGUAUAAUGUGGAGAACUAUCUUAGCAAAAUGAUUUUUUAAAAUCAUGAUUUUGUGAAAAAAAAGUUUUAAAAACAAAAACAAAGGUGGUUUACAAUGAUAUUUUACAACAAGCAAUCGGAUAUCUUUGAUUCAUUUCUGACGAAGGACUGUGCAAAAAAUAGAUUGGGUAUGCUUGAAAUCGCCAGAUGGCUUAAACCAUUUUGAGGCUAUAUGCAGGGAUGCCUGCAAUCCUGUGGCCAAAUGAACCCCCUAUGUAUAUGAACAGCGUGCAUGUGGUUUUCCUUCCUAAGCUAGUGUAUCUCUUUUAAAAAGCCAUCUCCCAUCUCAGUUUUUAACUACUGGAAUUCAUAUUGAAAGUUAAUAAAAAAAAAAUAAAACCUC